AUGGCACAGGAUGGGAUUGUUCUUUUUAUAGAUGCAGGCUUGCACGAUGGAAAAGAAAAAGCCAUCACCGUUGAAGCACUAGCAAUUCAACAAACACUGAAUAGAGGAUUACAGAAUGGCUGGUCAAAAGUUCAUUCUUUUGCCAGCGAGGGUCUUGACCUAAAGACUUGGUUCUAUAUAUUGUCUGGCGCACAUACCAUUGGAGUCUCUCAUUGCCCGUCAUUUUCAUCACGUUUAUACAAUUUUACUGGAGUUUGGGGCAAACAAGAUCCAUCUCUAGACAGCGAAUAUGCAGCUAUUCUUAAGAUGAAUAAAUGCAAAUCAAUCAAUGACAAUACCAUAAUUGUCGAAAUGGAUCCUGGAAGUUCCAGUAAAUUUGAUCUUAGCUACUUCCAGCUUGUGCUCAAGAGAAAAAGGUUGUUCCAAUCUGAUGCAGCCUUGACAACAAGUGUGACAACAAAGUCAUUCAUCAACCAGCUAGUACAAGGAUCACUCAAACAAUUCUAUGCCGAAUUUGGUGUAGCCAUGGAGAAAAUGGGAAAGAUUGAAGUCAAGACCGGCUCUGCUGGUGAGAUUAGGAAGCACUGUGCAGCUGUGAAUAGUUAAGAGCUGUUUUUUUCCUUUGUUCCAAUAUUCAUGUGUUUGUGUUUUG